UUCAGUAUGAGUCCAUGAGCAAGGAGCUGCAGCAGCGAAGAGAAGAAUGCUUGCAGCUGAAGACCAUGCUUGCUGACAAAACCAUAACCACCCACCACAUAGCCAAAGAGUCAUAUGGAGGCAUAGAUAAUCUAGUGAAUGAAGAUAAUGAACUUCAGUUAGCAUACAAGACACAGAAGGACCUCAACAGACUUCUUCAGACUCAGCUGGACAAGACAGAACGUAACUUGAAAAGCAAGGAAGCAGAGUGGGCCGAGGAUCUCAAGAGGCUGAAGGAAGAAAAUGACCAUCAGCAGAAGAUUAUCAUGGAGAGUCUGUCCUUAGGCUCAGAUGCUAAACCAGAUGUCAUUCUGCAAAAUGAGAUUGGCAGGCUCAUCUCGGAGAAUGUG